GACCACACCCACAUAUUUGAUUCUUAAAAGCUAGUCUGAAAAGUUCAUCCAGUCCAGUUGUUUUCCUCUUCCCCUUUUCCUCUCCUCUUUCCUCUUUGACAUGCAGCCCAGAUGCUGCCGAUACUUUCUUUUUUCUACUCUCCUCAUCCAGUCUGUGGUGAUCGUCUGGCUUGUACGAGACAUGCUUACAGCCUCCUCGACAUCAAACUCAAACCAUGACAACAGUCUACUCGACGCAAAGGCCGUCUUUGAACAGAAAGGACAACUAACAGUGAGGGACCUCCAGGUAAUAGAGGACCCCAACACGAGAGAAGAACUCACAGACUCCUCCCCUGCCACUACUGAGAAACGAGAUUCAUCUUCCCAGAAAAAUUCAGACUCACCUCCCUCCCAUGCACCUUCAUCUUCUCAAAAGACGAGUUCUUCAGAGCAGCCAUCAAGCAGUAACAAGAACUCAUCGUACUGGCUAACUGAAAGCGAAACGAUGUUGGAGAAAAUCCAGCGACCCUCGAGAACAUUGUCCAAUUUUGAAUCCGCUGGCAAUAAUAUAAUGAUUACGAUUAGAACUACAAGAAAGUUCCAUCAGAAAAGAUUACCGUACAUGUACGAUACUUGGCUUAACAAAGUGAAUGGUAGCAACGUGUUCUUAGUUACUGAUGCUGAAGAUGAGGAGUAUCAGGAAAAGAGCAGGCAAUUAGGUAUACAUUAUAAAAUCAUUUCUUGUGGUAAAGACUACAGCAGAUGGAGCUUGUGUUGCAAAUCAGGAGAGGAAAUGGCAUUGAUGCAUAGACCAGAAAACAAGCAGUACAGCUGGUUUUGUCACCUUGACGACGAUAUAUACAUCAUACUAAAGAACCUCGUUAAUCUAUUGUCAAAGUUUGAUCCAUUGAAAGAGCCGAUAUACAUGGGCAGAGCAGGUACCCACUGGAAGAAACCUUUCAAGUUGUCUAAGAAGCAGAAGAUGUUAGAGCCUCAGAAUGUACAUCCGUUUCAUUUUGCUGUCGGUGGAAUGUACUGCCUCUCAAGAGCAAUGCUUGAUAAAGUAAAGCCAUGGCUAGGUAAUGGGGAGACAAUGGGGGACACAUGCAACAAGCUAUUACAGCCUGAAGAUGUUGCUGUUGGUGCUACUGUAGAGCUACUUGCUAAGGAAAGACUCUCAAGAACUAAGCUAUUCCAUCCUCAUGGACUGAUACUGUCAAGAUUUGUGAAUCCAAGAACAUUAAAAGAUCAGAUCGGGUUUGCCUAUGGUUGUGGUCAGUUAUGCGCCUACAAAGGCUACAAGAACAAUGCAAUUAAAGUCCCUAAUGCUAGAUUCCCUUUCAGUGAAGACCCAUCAAGGUUUAAGUCUCUCCACUGUCACCUCUUUCCAGACUCAGCUCUAUGCAAAUAACUUGGCCCGGUUCACAACGUAAUGAUUUUUAAUUAUAAAUUAAAUGAAUUUGAACUUUGAAAGCUAUUAGUUAUGAUUAUUAUUAUUAUUAUUAUUUAUAUAACCAAUUUCACUCCUUCCUUUCUCAUUUAUUUCAUGUUUCUAAAAAAUGUUCUAA